AUGGAAAACGAGGUACCGGAUUGUGAAAUUUGUGGUCUUCCAAGUCAAGGAACUCAUUUCGGAGUGCUGUCAUGUAAAGCGUGCUCGGCAUUUUUCAGACGAACUGCCACAUCCCCGAAAUGGGCACCGAAAAAAUGUCAAACUCCCAAAAAAUGCCAACCUGGAAAAGGAAUGUAUCAUUGUAAGCCUUGUAGACUGAAAAGGUGUUAUGAUGCAGGGAUGGAUACAAAAAAAUUCCAAUUCGACCGAGACGGAUUAAUUCAAGUACCAAACAAACUCUCAAGAUCCUUUGAAGUUUUCGUUGGCCGUCCUGAUUAUGUUCUAUUUUGUACACCUGGAUCAUCUGAAGACUCAUCUGAAAAUUUGAAGCCGAAAACUAUAAUCGACGUUAGCUAUCUAGUGAAUAUGGCAUCGAAAAUUCUUCUAGAUGGUCCUGAGCAGCCACUGAUUGCUCGGGAUCAAUUACAAAAAUUGGCGAAUGGGUUCAGUUAUUUGAAAAAUACAUCGACAGAAAUGAGAGACUUUUCGCAUUCAACAAAAGAAGAUGUCAUGAAAAUUUGGGAGUUUUAUUUUCUAACAGUUGCCAAAUGGUUGACCUAUUUUGAUGAGUUUCAGAAAUUGGAUCAUGAUCUUCAGAUGAAACUGCUUCUUGCGAUUUGGCACGUUUGGGGGCGUUUGGACAAAUUAUUGGCAACUGCAAUCAAUAGAAGACGUGGAAUCUGUCCAACGAAAAAUUUGCUAACGCUGAGCAAUGGAGUUUUCAUUGACAUGGAGAAGCAGGAGGUGGAUGUAGAGUGGAUGACUAAUUAUGAGCCGGAGCAAGUUUUGACGUAA